UCUGAUAAGGGGCAGCGGGUCGUGAAAAUUUAAUGUGAGAGCGUUCACAAAAUAAGUCACUUUGGUGUUUGAUACCGCACUACUUCCACCCUCGCGAUCUCAAUUACACUCCAAAAUGUCUCUCGACGAGCAAUUCACAAAAGUAGCCGAAUCUGUAAGAAACUGGAAGACGAAGCCCAGUGAUAAUGAAAAUCUCGCUCUCUACUCUCUAUUCAAACAGGCGACCCUUGGUGAUGUAAACAUUGCUGAGCCAAGCGAUUUAGUCUCCAAGGCAAAGUUCAAGGCGUGGACCGGUCGCAAGGGCAUCUCACAAGACGACGCCAAGAAACAGUACAUCGAGAUGGCAGAAAAGUUACAAUCCAAAUAUGCAUAAGCCUGAUUUAGUAAUAAGUUAGUUACCUAAGUUAAAAUUAUUAAUUUACUUAAUUAAAAUCAAAAAUUUCAAAUACAUAUUCUUUUCUUUCUCAACUUCAACUUUGUUUUUAGGUAUCUUACAGUGCAUUUGGCAAAAUACUAUUCUGAUUUUGUAAGUUUAUAAAUAUACUUUUGUAAUAGCCUG